AUGCGUUUUGUCGCCGUCUCCUUCCUGGUAGCAAUCGCUGUGGCGGAAGACGUUCAGCAAAAACCAGAUAAGGUCUGUUCCAUCUCCGAGCCAAAGAAAUGUGUGAUUGGCUGGAAGGAGGAUAUGGCCCCCGAACGCAUCUUUUUCACGGAACGGCACGCUGGCGACCGUUGGAUAUAUGCUAAUCGCACCUUGUCGAAAGCCGCACAUCGCUACGGGCGUUGGACAUGCACGGCUGUCGAUUUCACGCGUCCGGCUGACAUGCCCGAGGAGCUCGCCCGGGUCCUCAAUGGGGACAGCGGCAUCGGCUCGUUUGUCAUCCUGCAGCUUUUCGCCGUCGUCGCCAUCUUGUUGGCCCGGGGUCUU